CCGAGUCAGCUGGCCAAUGUUUACAUCCAGCGCUGCUCGCCGCGAACGUUUAUGGGAAGAAACCGAGAGAUUGAAACAACAGAAGACAGUUAACCGGAUGACCAGCAUCAACAGACCAUAAUCAGGGUGUUUCAGGGUGUCAGACGAUUCAGCUCGGUCGACCGUGAAGUCGUCGGGGUGUUUCCCGUGACGAGUUUCUCCCCAAAACACCUCCAUCCCGAUUUUUCCUGUCUUUGUCUUCAUUUGCGUCUACUUUUUGCAGAGCUAAAAUGGGAGGUGCGGUCAGUGCCGGGGAGGACAAUGACGAGUUGAUUGACAACCUGAAGGAGGCCCAGUACAUUCGCUCUGAUCUGGUUGAACAUGCCUUUAGGGCUAUUGAUCGUGCUGACUACUAUCUGGAAGAAUUCCGUGACAGUGCCUACAAGGAUCUGGCCUGGAGACAUGGCAACAUCCACCUCUCUGCACCCUGCAUUUACUCUGAGGUGAUGGAGGCUCUAGACCUGCAGCCUGGCUUGUCCUUUCUUAACCUGGGCAGUGGCACAGGCUACCUCAGCACCAUGGUGGGACUUAUACUGGGUGAGUUUAUAGAGAAUAUAAAGAAAGAAGAGAAUGACAGGAGGAAUGAGGGCAGUGUUUUGGUGAUAGAGACUCCAGUAAACCUCUUAAGGGAGAGGAUCCUUAGCCUGCCUUUGCCAGAACCUCUCAAGAUGUAUCUUCUUUACUAUAGAGAGAAAUAGACUUCUCCUUCUAUUCUAAACUACUCAAAUCUACCUAGCACUGUCACAUCAAGAAUCCAUGGCUGUUUAAUCACCCACUUUUGCAUUAUCCUGUUAACCUUUCUCAUAGAAAUGCAACACUCUUUGUUCUGCCAAGUCUCGUUUGUCUUAAUGCUCAAUCUGGGUUCAAGGUCUAGAAUGCUAACAGUUAACCAUGGAGUCAAAAAACAGUGAAAACUGAUUUAUUAAUCUAAGUUUCAUGUUAUUUGUGCAGUGACGUUUUCAAAUGGACAUUCUCACUUGUUUUGUGCGUUAUAUACCAUCUAGUUUCAGCUCAUAGAUUUACUAAGAAAAGUGAAAAUCUAAAUAUUUUUCUGGUGUAUGGAUUUGUAAAAAAUGUCUAAUUGUGUGCUGAAUGAAUUACACGUAUAUUGUGUGAAAAUACAAUGGCACGUUUAAAAAUGUGAUCGUCUAACAUAAUCCGUGUUGUACAAUUUCAGGUAUUUCAAGAUGAAAGACUGAUUAUCUGAGGUGUUUUGCCAAUUUGAAAUGGUCUUGGGAUUGUACAGUUUUCAGGGCCUUUGCAUUUGCUUUAUGCUAUAUAGAAGUAUAAAAGGUGUAGUCUACAGUUGUGUAACAAGUUUAAAAUUGUGCUCUGAAUUGUGGUCAUGCUCUGAUGUGCACUUUGUCCAGUGAUGUAGAAUGCACUAAUUGAAAAA